AUGGCUGAGAACGGAGGCCAACUUCCCUCCAUAAUGGGAAUCCCUAUUCCAGAGGCGGACGACCAGCUCUUCGAUCGCAUCCCGGCCAUACUUUGGCUGCCUGACGUCACUGCUCUGGUCAUCAUCAAUCUGUCCUGCCAUAAAUGCGACAUCUGCACGAGUAAUCAUCGUACACGGGACCACGCGUGCUUCGCGGUUACCCGUCGCUCGCGUCUACCCAACCCGUACCAGAUCUCUGUUGGUCAACUUCAAAACAUCAAUGGCAAGCUGCUGGGGCAGUCUCCCGUGCCCAUGGCCAUCAAGGCCGAUCCCGGAGUCCUUUACAUCAGACUGGGCGACGACGUCGAAACAUGGACGUGCGCUUUGUGCGACUUUGAGUGCGGCCUUGCACUCGACUCGGCCUUUCACCACAUCCACUCGCCUGGUCAUGGCCUACGCCUCAUGCAGUCGGAAACACAGCAGCUGCUAAUGGAGACUCUGGCGGAUCAGAAAGUGCAUACCUUGCUGGAGAGGGCAGAAAUAGCCACCUUCUUGGCCUCAGAGAUGUAA